AUGAUGUAUAUACCCCUCGCUGCUUCACCCAUCCCGUCAAAUGUUCUGUUCAUGCUCUUCAAAGACCCGGAUGUUAUCGCCCGACUCCCACAUCUGACGAAUGCAACUAUUGCUGGCAUUGUGGUCGCUGUCUCUGGAAAUGUCCUCAUCUCCUUGGCCUUGAAUUGCCAGAAACUCGCCCACAAACGGUUGGAGAGGGCGCGGGAGACUGCUGACCGACGUCUCGAAUGGAACGCUGGGCAAGAAGGCUCAGCGACAUCCGAAGCGGACAAUUCCCAAGCUACAUCGUUUACAGAAGGUGGGGCCGACGUUUCGAACAGGGCAGUGGCUUUGAUAGAAACAGAACCUCUAUUGAGCACUUCGAAUGGGACACCGUCUCCCGCCUAUGGAACUUCCGUUACCCUCAGGCCCACCAAGAAACCUACCAUCUUCUCGAGGCUCUCUCGUAUUAGCCGACACGACACGCACCCGAUGAAAGAUACUGACCAGUCCCACCUCGCCGCUCUGGACCCUGUGGAUGUUGUUCCAAUUUUGUUGCCAGGGGAUGGCCGUACAAAGAACAGUAGCACUGAGGAGAGAGGAAACAGUUCCAACAAUGGAAACGAGAGCGACUACCUUAAGUCCAAGUUAUGGUGGGUUGGGUUCUUGUUGAUGAAUGUCGGCGAGAUGGGGAAUUUCAUUUCGUACGCAUUUGCACCGGCUUCGGUGGUAGCUCCUCUGGGCACAUUUGCGCUCAUUGCCAAUUGCCUGUUCGCUCCACUGAUGCUCAAGGAACGUUUUCGCAAACGUGAUUUCUUUGGCAUCGUCAUCGCUGUAAUUGGAGCUAUCACGGUGGUUCUCUCCACCAAUCCUUCCGAUGUUCGGUUGGACCCCCAAGGCCUCAUUGAGGCAAUUAAGCAACGCCCUUUCAUCGUAUAUUCAAUCGUGUAUAUCACAGGCAUCAUUAUCCUGUCAGGACUGUCCGAAGGGAGUAUAGGGAGAAGUUACGUUUACGUAGACGUCGGGCUUUGUGCGUUAUUUGGUGGUUUUACUGUUCUGUCGACCAAGGCCAUGUCGACCCUGAUCACAUUGGAGUGGUUUGAAAUAUUCGCCGAAUGGGUCACUUAUCCAGUGCUUGCGGUUCUUCUUUGUACUGGAGUUGGUCAAAUUAAAUAUUUGAAUCGUGCUCUGAUGCGAUUCGACAGCAAGGUUGUCGUUCCUACUCAAUUCGUGAUGUUCACUCUGUCGGCUAUCGUCGGAUCUGCGAUACUGUACGGAGAUUUCAAGAAGGCCACGUUUCACGAGCUCGUAACUUUCUUUUACGGUUGUUGUGCGACGUUCGCUGGAGUAUUCAUAAUCACGUGGGCUCCGACACCCAUCGUCGAGGAGAGUACAGAACCGAGCCUUUCUCAGGAUGACGAGGAGGCGCGCAGCGAUUACCUUGAUCCACCCGAUGGCGACAACCCCGCUUUGAGAAUCGUCAGGGCAGGGAGCUUGGGUAGACGCAAUCCAGUAAAGCUACACGCGGACCAAAUUACACCUAUCCUGAGGAACAGGCAGAGUUUUGUCAGCCUCUAUGGGCUAUCUCCUGCUCAACGUGUCCUCAUAAUCAAUACUCCUCCACGAGACGAACCCGUUCGCCCUCAAUCGCAGGAUGUCGAACGCGACCCGUUAUCUACGCCUGACUCAACUGGCCGUCGAAGAGCCAUUAGCUGGGUCGGUGAUGAUGCUCAUGGGCAUCAUGCGCAAGGCGUGCGGAUAGCAGCUUCUCCAUAUGACACGAGGGAGAACAGCAGUAGGUGUCACCAGGAGCCAGCGGCUGAUAGGAAUUAG